AUGUCGAAAGCUUUCACUUCUAAGUCCAAGGCCCACUUCGAAUCCUACUCCUUGGUUAAGCGCUUGCAGAGCUUCAUUUUGAGCUUUGCCCUUUUCCAAGCCAUCACCACCUACGUGGUGGCCUUGUCCAACUACUUCAACGACCAAGUGGUUUCAAGAUUCCCCUUUGUUGUGAAGCAAUUGAGCGCCGCUGAUGAGCUCGUGGAUGGUCUUGUGUUCGGUAACGUUGACAAGGCAGUGGCCUUCGCUGCUGAUAAGGCCAAGCAAACUGAGCAAGUUGCUCAGGCUUACAAGAAGAAAGGCACCGACCUCCUUCUCGCAUACAAGAAGAAGGGUGAGGAUGCUGUGGGCGUCUACUUAAAGCCCGUGAACGAGUACGCCUCAAGCACCGUUGAUAAGGUGUUGCCCAAGGUUCAGGACGCCGCACGCAAGGCUGAGAAGAAGGAGAAGGCGGCCGAGAACGAAAUUUCAAAGUCCAUAGAGAUUGUCAACGACACCUACUCCCGCUCCAAGGACUUGUUUGCCACCAAGCUGCAAGACAUUUCUAACACGGUGCUCAACACAUACAACAAGGAGUUUGACUCCUCGAAGGAGAAGAACUACUACGUCAAGGUUGCCUCUGCCUCUGUCAACACGGGAGUCAAGUUGUUGAAGAGCGUCAACUCCGACUACAUCCAGCCAUUGAAGAGCUCCACACAAAACUACGUGACUGACGUUGCCCUGCAGACCCAGCGCAAGGCCGACGAGGUUGUCAGCAACGGCGUUUCCGAGGUGAAGAAGACCAUCAAUGGUGCCGCUGAGCAGACCAACAUUGCCGUGCCUACCUCUGCCUAA